UUUAGGAUCUUUGAUUUUGGUGUGCACUGUGAGUUUAUGGUGGUACUCUUGUGUAUGGUGGAACAAGAAGAAAAAGAUGGAGAUGAUGCUGAUGUCUGCAAGAGUGAAUAAUAAUGGAAACAAAGGAAGGAUUCCAAAUGGGAGUUUGGGAUGGCCUUUGAUUGGAGAGACUCUUGAGUUCAUUGCUUGCGAUUGUUCCUCUAACCCUUUGAAAUUCAUGCACAACCAUUCUGCUUUAUAUGGAAAGGUUUUCAAGACACACAUAUUAGGGAGGCCAAUCAUAAUCUCUAGUGAUUCAGAGGUGAACAAGGUGGUGUUACAAAAUGAUGGAAGGACUUUCAUACCUUUCUAUAUAAGGUCUAUAAUUGAGUUGUUAGGCAAGUCUUCAAUACUCCAAAUUAAUGGAAAUCUUCACAAGAGAGUGCAUGGUCUUGUUGGUGCCUUUUUAAAGUCCUCUUCUUUGAAAGAGAUCAUCACAAGAGACCUUGAGAACCUCCUGCGCUUGUCUUUCAUCACAUGGAGUGAUGCCCAACAAAUUUAUAUGCAAAAUGAAGCCAAAGAGAUCACUUUUCAAGCAUUGAUUAUAGUGUUGUUGGGUCUUGGCCCUGGUGAGGACUUCAAGUUGUUGGAGAAAUAAUUUAAAGAAUUCAUUAAAGGUUUAAUAUGUCUUCCAAUUAAACUUCCUGGGACAACCUUACACACGUCUUUGAAGGCAAAGCAAAGAAUAAUGAAGCUCAUAGAGAAGAUCAUUGAAGAAAAGAUGAUCAAGUGCAAUAAUGGUGAUGAAAAUGGUGAACUCAAUGAUGUGGUUGAUGUGUUAUUGAAACAAAUGAAAGAUGAUGAUGAUGAUGAUGAUCAAAACAUCACCAUUGACUUCAUUUGUAGUAACAUAACUGAGAUGAUGAUACCAGGAGAGGAUUCAGUGCCAAUGCUCAUAACACUUGCUCUUAAGUUCCUUGGUGAUUCCCCUUCUUUAAAUCAAUUAAAGGAAGAGAAUAUGGAGCUCAAAAUGAAGAAAAGAUAUUCCGGAGAAUCUUAUUCUUGGAAAGAUUAUAUGUCUUUGUCUUUCACUCAAAACGUGAUUAGUGAGACUUUAAGGAUGGGAAAUAUCAUCAUGGGAGCAUGGAGGAAAGCUUUAACAGAUGUGGAGAUUAAAGGAUAUCUAAUUCCUAAAGAUUGGUGCAUCAUGGCAUGCUUUUCAUCAAUUCAUUUGGACCAAGACAACUAUGAGAAACCUUUCCAAUUUGACCCUUGGAGAUGGCAAAAGAUUAAGGGAAGCAAUCAAGACAACUUCACACCAUUUGGUGGUGGGCAAAGGUUAUGCCCUGGUCAAGACCUUUCAAGAUUGGAAGCAGCCAUUUUUCUCCAUCACUUUCUUACUACUUUCAGGUGGAGGACUGAGGAGGAUAUGAUCAUCACCUUUCCAACAGUGAAGAUGAAGAAGAGGCUCCCAAUAAUACUUAAAACUUUGGUGACAUCUCAUGUCUAA